AUGGCCUCCAGCGGCCGCAAUAUCCCUGCGAAGGCGCAGACCAUGCAGAAUUUGCAGCUUCUGUUGGCCGCCGCCAAAAAGAACAAACCGGUGACACGGGUCGAGAAUGCUCGCAUGUUGAGAGCGAAGUUCACGGAGCUGCAGGAUUCUCCUGAUGGAGCGGAUUUAGAUCCUCUGACAGUUCCAAAAUGUGUAGAGUGCAACCACUGCGGUUGGCCAGUGUAUCCUCGAGAGUCCAAGGUGGCUACGAAGAAGACUUUUGCAAGAGCUGGGAUAGACAGAGGGUCCAAGAAAGAGGAAGAGGCGAAGCGGCGAGCAGCCAUCCAGGCGGCGUUGGACGCUGGAGAGGAGAUUCCUGAAGAUCUUCUGAAAGGAGAAACUCAAGGGCCAGCUGCCAGCGAGGCAGACAGCAGAGAUACCGUGGAGCGGCAGGCAGACCAGCUUCAGGAGCUGGAAGACAGAAAUCAAGAGCUUGAAAAGCGGCUGGAGGAUAUGGAGAAUCAGUCUAGAACACUCGUGGACGAGCGUGAUAGGCUCCAAGAGGAGUUGGAUGAUGCUACUGACAGGAUCGAGUACAUGGAGGAGGCAGAACAAAGGUGGAGAGAUAAGGUCUCAAAGGCCAGGAUAGAGAACGACAGGCUGCUCCAGGAGCUAGAGCGUUCGAGCUUUGUAAGCUCUGACCGCGAAGGUGGUCUUAUUGCUUCACUCCUGGAUGCUAGACAGCUCAGAGAGGUGAUUGCAGUGCUGAAGCGGCGGAGACUACUGAUGCUUCGAAGUGUACGAGAAGAAAUUGGACGCUUUGGAAGCUCGACGGCGAAAGGAGGCUUUAACCGCAUCAACAAUUGCAGCAAGCUGUGCAUUAUCCUGACAUUAGCAUGCCAUGAACUUAGCAGCCUUGUUCCGUUGGCAGAGCUCAGCAAGAGACCCUAUGCAGUACUCAUUCGCCUGCAGGUUGGGGAGCUAGAAGUGCUGCUUGCAGCAGAUAGGGCACACAUUGCUAGACUUCAGGUACGCGCGCUUCCUGUUGCUAUCCAUGAAUUGAUGCCUGUCAUUCUACACAUUUGCUUAGAGUUGUGGAUUGCCAUUGUGCGAUGGCAAUACCUUCAUACCUAG